AUGGUAAAGGACAAGAUGCGCCUGUUGAGCACAUCGUGCUGGUGCCAAGGCGCACGAAUGAAAGCAUUACCGUCCGGUGUGAUGCAGUUACUUUUGCUCCUUGCUGUCAUGCUGUCCUGUCAAGGCUGUCCGGAUAAAUGUGAAUGUUCCUUACAAACAGUAAGGUGCCAAAAUAAGGACUUGGAUGCAAUUCCACCGUCCAUACCUGCCAAUUGUAAGAUACUUUCGAUUACAGGAAAUAAUAUUUCAGGCAUCAAUGAGGACUCUUUUCCAAGUCAACUGGAAUUAUUAACAUAUCUUGAUCUCAGUGACAAUGAAAUAGAGGCUGUGGAGGAAAUGGUGUUUCAUAAUUUGCCAAAUCUAGUGCAGCUGGAUCUGAGUAAUAAUUAUAUUCAAACUUUCAGCAUGAAGGCUUUUCCAGAUGAGAACAAAUUGCAGCUGUUGAACCUCAGUAGGUCUAUUCAUAAUUAUUCCUCUGUGAUUGGGCUCCUGAAUGGAAACCUCCGUCAGCUGACCGUUUUGGACCUGUCGGACAAUGACUUUGUGCUUUUGCCAGAUGAUUUCUUCAAAAAUUUACCCAAUCUGGUCAACCUCAGCCUGCAGAACAGCUCCAUUGUCUCUAUCCCCAAUGGUUUAACAAAGGUGCCACGACUACAAGACCUUGACCUGAGGCACAACAGUCUGCGGAGUCUUCCUUACACCAUCAUGACUGAGUUCAGCCUGAAGUCAGACCUUUAUAUCCGCUUGAAUGGGAACCCCUGGCGUUGUGACUGUUCUAUUGAAGACAUGUUGGUAUGGCUUAAGAACUCCACUCUGGUCACUGACAUGAAGAACCUGACCUGCGCAGAUCCUGAGCAUCUUAAGCGACGGCCGCUAGUGCAGCUGGAGCAGACUCAGCUGAAGUGUUCGGGCAACAUGGAAGGCGUGCUAGAGACUUCCUAUGUUUUUCUGGGUUUGGUGCUGGCGCUCAUUGGUGUGAUAUUUUUGUUGGUGCUCUACCUGAACCGCAAAGGCAUCAAGCGCUGGAUGUACAACAUCCGGGAUGCUUGUAGGGACCACAUGGAGGGAUAUCAUUACAGGUAUGAAAUUAACUCUGACCCACGUUUGGCCAAUCUGAGCAUCAAUUCAGAUGUGUGA